CGAGUCGGGGAAGCACCAAGGUAUUGUUGGUGUUGCCGGAGAGCCGCAGGCAAGAGGUGGGUUAGCCACAGAGAAGUGAUGUUCUGCCAGUGAACGGCUGUUACGCUCCAGGUCAUCAUGGGGGCCUCUCACAGCACGAGGAAGAUCACACUGGUCAACGAUGACAAGGCUGGCGUCAUCAAGUUGUCGGAGUCUUUAGCGUACCGUCUGCGAGGCCAAAUUGAAGGUCAGCAGGCCACAGCAGCUGCAGCAGCAGAGCCACCCCCUCCACCCUCCCCAGCCCCUCCACCUGUAGCUGCCAUCCCCCAGGUCCCAGAGACCCCAAAAGUCCCCCAGGUAGCUCCUGAACCUUUCAUCCCAGAGCCGGCCCCGGCCCCAGCCCUGCCCCCAGAGCCAGCCCGGGCCCCGCCCCCAGAGCCAGCCUGGGCCUCGCCCCCAGAGCCAUCCCAGGUCUUUAUCCCAGAACCAGCUCCUGCCCCAGUCUUUGUUCCAGAGCCGGCUCCAGCCCCUGUCUUUGUCCCAGAGCCUGCCCAGGCCUCUGAGCCUCCGAGGGUUGAGGCUUCUGGAGCAGGUGACACAACACCAGAGAAGCUCAUCCCAACCACCAGUCCUUCUGUGCCAGAGGUAGUAAAGACUACUGCAGCUGUGGAUCUUCCUGAAAAGGCUACAACAGAGUCCCAGCCAGAUGUGGGUGUAGCUGUCAGAGCUGGAUCAGCUCCUGCUCUGAGCCAGCCAGGGGGCAGCAUCCCACCAUGGUCCAUCUAUGCUGAGGAAGCUCACCUUAUGGUGAUGCGACUCAGGGAGGAGAAGGAACAGGAGCUCCAGCAACUCAACCGUGACUGGAGGGAAAAGAUGGAUGCCAGGGAACAGGAGUUCAGCAAGAUGUCACAGCUGUCUGAGGAGGAGGUGAAUGCUGCCAUCAAGGAUGUUGAGAAGUUGUUUGUGAAGGCAUCAUGUAGUCCAGUGUGUCAGGAUUACCAAGAGUCUGUCAUGACAUGCUACCAGGAUCAUCCUCGCCAGGCCUUACGCUGUGCCCGGCAAGUGGAAGAAUUUGCUAGGUGUGUCGACCUCUCCAGGCUGCAAUCUGUCCUGAGGCAGCGGGCAAAUUAGUUAUGUUGCCAGAUUUGAGAAUGCAAGAGGAAGAAAACUGAGUGACUGAAAAAAGCUUGGAAGUCAAACACCUUGGACACAUGGGAGUGUGUGCUUCAUGUGGCCAGGCUGUCAUGCAUGGGCUGACCUCUAGGGUGGCAGUGCUGAUGCUUCCCUGUGUAUAGAUCCUGGUACUGCAUACCAACAUGUGCACUGCUGGGGACUUGUAUAUGCCUUUGAACAUGUAAGGUACUUUUAUUUGUACAUUACUAGAUGUCUUUAAUGAAUAAAUUAUUUGCUAGAA